CCAACAGGAAUUCUUCCUAUUUUCGUUGUGGUAGUUUCGCCUAGACAGAAAAAUGGAGGUUUGAACAUCUAGAUGUAAACAGUUCUACGUGAAUGGACCAGGGGAAGGCUUUGGUUCAACUCUCUUCCUUCAGUUUUAUCCAGGUUGCUUGGUGCACAGUUGGGGGUCAGAAUGAAGCUGCACAGUGGUAUCAGUGCUAAGCACUUGUUACAGAUGCUUGGGGAGUCCCUUCGAAAAGAACAAGGACAAUGGAAACCUGUGUCCUACAAAACCCAUGGCAAUGAACAUCAGGAGGUACUUGGACAACACAGAGAUGAGAUUGUUUCUUGGAUUAUCUACCAGAAUAAUCAGUUCCAUUUCUCACCAGAAACUGUUUGUCUCAGUAUUUACCUUUUGGACAAGUUUCUUCAAUAUGUUAAGGUUCGCCCCAAGUAUCUCCAUUGUGUGACGAUCAGCUGCUAUUUCAUCGCAGCAAAGACCCUGGAGGAAGAUGAGGUAAUACCCUGCACUGUGGAUCUUGUGAAGAGAAGUGAGGUCUCCUGUUCUGUAGCAGAAAUUCUCAGAAUGGAGGCAGUGAUUCUAAACAAACUGAAUUGGAACAUCAAAUAUGUAACAGCAACUGACUUCCUUCACAUUCUCCAUGCUAUGCUGAUGUGUUACUACCCCCAACUGUUGGAUGGUCUGAGUGACAUGACACCCUCCCAACAUCUUGGUGUCCUCACACGGAAACUCUUCUUCUGCCUCAGCAACCAUCACCUGCAGACCUUCAAGCCUUCUGUCAUCUGUCUGGCCAUGAUCAGUCUAGAGCUGGAACAGAUCACCCAGAACUGGUUCUCCAUCAUGCUCAUGAUACAACAGAUGGCAGGGAUGGACAACAAGUCGCUGAUCUGGUGCCGUGAGCUGAUAAGUCGGUUCCUAGUUGAAAAGCACUUGCUUCCAACUGGGUACCACUUCCUGCCCCACCACCCAUUCCGGCGCAUCAAGACCAUGAAGAGGAAGGCUGAGCAAGUUGAGUCUGAUGAUGAAGUAGAAGAUGAUAUUUCAGAUGCCAUCAAGAGGCUUUACAACGAGGACACAAGUUGUGAUAGCAGCUUGCUUCGGGUGUCAUGCGGCUCAGAACUGCACCAAGAUACUGAAGGAACAGGUGGACAGCUCAAGCCUACACCUGUAGCCGCUAACUAACAUAGAACACUCUGUUUACACUACUUCUCAAUGCUUAUACAAGGUUCGUUUAUCAUUUUAUUGCUAUUUUGAAUUGAAAGAUCUCCACAAAGUAGAUGAUGCAGAAUCAAGUUUUUAGUCCCCCUUUGGAAAGUAAGCAUAGGCUAUAUAAAAUAAUUUGAUUGUUAAAAAUUCAGCUUUAAAUGUUGAUACAAAAAUUUUCUAUUCAAGGAUGUUUUCUUGCCACAUGGACCUUGCGUAAUGCUUGAAAGUAGAUUUUCUUAUGCACAAAGAGAGUUAUAAGUACUAGAUAGAAUAAAUACCCAAAAGUUACAAGACACACUUGUAUAUUAUGUAUAAAGAUACUACUGUGUCAUCACUACUUACACUGUAGUCUUGCCUCCUGCAAAUCAUCACCUCCUCAAGCCCUUAAACGUUGUUUAUAUAAGCAAAAUAUUGAUUUUUGGUUUUUAAGUUUGAUUUCAUUAUGUGGUGAGGAAGUUAGUAACUGUGCAAUGGACUACAAGUAAAGUUUGUUUUGAUAUGAUAGUCUGUGAUAAUUAUCAAUGGUUAUAUAUUUGCAAUGGAAGUAUUACCAGGAAGUUAGUUUCUAUGGUUAAUGUCAUAGCAAGAUUGUUGUUAAAAAAGAGGAAAUAGCUUAUGUAGACAGUUUAUUUAGUUGAUUAUUUUUUGCAAAAGUUAAUAUAUUUUUGUUGAUAGCAUUACAGUGUGUUGAUAUUUAGUGAUAUUAAUUUUUAAUGUAUUGUGAUCUGUGUUUGUAUUUCUCCUACCUAUCUUCUGACGACUUUUUUUGAUUUCCAUGGUUUAUUUCAAGGGCUUGAGGAGGUUUGGAACCCUUUUACCGUUAGAAUAUGUAGAAAAAAAAUAUAAAAUUGCCACCAGCGACAGUCUGUAGAGACAACUAGUAUAUCUAUUUUGUUCAACGUUCAAAAUAUUAAAAGUUCUAAAAAAAUCCAAACAAUUAAAAAUUAUUUAAGUCUAUAAAAAAUAUAAAAAAUAUGAAAAUGUUAAAAAAAAAUGUCUUUCAUUUUAUGUGUAUUAUAGUUUGUAUGUAACAGAGAUGCCAUAUUCCUUGAAAUUAUUUUAUUUCUUAAAAUUAUGUGUAAAUAUUUGAUAUAAGCAGGAUCUUUUAACCAGGACAUGUCCAAAUCAGGACUAGUCUGACGUGAGAGGCAGCAGAUCCAUAGAGUAGUUAAUACUAUAGGAUGUUACACCUUCCAUUGUAAAUAUUAUCGUGGUGGAUAGGCGCACUGUUCUAAAAGGAUAUACGAUAGAAAUUUACACAACACUGAACAGCAAUUACAUAAAGAUAACUGUUUAUUUAUUUCAUAUUGUAAUAGUUAUUGUUCAGUUCCCAGUAAUUAUUAAAGUUUGCAAAAAUUAUAUAAAACAGUUAUAUAUAUUUGCAAAUUUAUAAAUAUAAAGUUCUUAGUAUUUUCUCUCAUAGAACAUUCCAUGGAAGAUUGUUGAGAUGAUUAUGUUAAGUUUGUGAAUUGUUUACUUCAUUUAUGUUUAUAUAAGGGAUAUUGUAUUUUUUCCCCCCAAACUUUUAGCAAUUUUGACAGUGCGCCUUUUCACUACGUGGUGUAUAGGAGGAUUACGAUGACUAUAUUGAUGAGGACCAUUACGAGUUUAAUAACAAAUGAUGUCUUUACUUUGUUGAUUAAGUAAUGCACUGGAUGCAUGCUAGGAGGGUUUGAAUUAAGAUAUUACAUCAGAAGCUUAAUGGUUUAUUUUUAUGAUUUUGAAAUACUCUUUUUAUUGAAAGAAAAAUUUGAAACCUGUAUGUAAAGACUUUGUUGACCUUCAGUUGUCUUUGUUAAUUAAACUUCGACAAUCGUUGUGUCCAAUAAAGUAUAAGUGACUUCACUUGUAAGUAAUGAAGCACAUGUAUUAUGAAUGAGUUUAAGCAAGACAUGAACCAUGCCAUAUGUGAAAGAGAGGGAGUGAAGGAAAGGAAAAGUAAUCCUGUUUUUUUUUUAUUUAUUAAUAAUAAUCACUUCAUGAUAUUCAUAUGGAAGAGAGAAAUCUUACAUAGUUUUAGUUAAAAAAGUAUGAACAUCUUCAAACCAGUCAUUCAUGAGAAUUGUGCUAGUUUUAUCUAAGGUGAGAAGAGAUCUUAAAGUAGAGUGAGGUUGAAUAUUAUGAAAACAUGGCUGAUGAAUCCGUAUGAUAAAUAGGGAGAAACGAAAGCAGAACUCAGGGUAAAACUAGUUACACUGAAACAAAAGCCAAAGUAAACAAAGUGAGUACAUGGUCACCAUCUAGUUAGAUAUUACCUAGACUGUAAAUGUGGUUCAUUUCAUUGUAUGUUGUAUGUUCAUUAGAACUUGUAAUAAUUUCAAGUUGUAAUCAUUUCAUUCAUUAUUAGUCCCUUUAUAUGUUUUAUUGAGGACUUUGAGGCACUUUGAAGGAACUCAUCAUUUCAUCCUUAAGUGGAAUCCCACCCAUUUUUCGUUAAAUAUCUGUAAGAAUUCAUAACUAUUUUGUUUAAAUAAUCAAAAUAACACAUGUAUACUCCUAUCAUCCUUUUCGUUAGAUUUCGUUUCCUUCACAGUGCCUUUAAAGAUGCAGAGAGUGGCAUCUGUACUUUGUACAGAUAGGGAGGUCCCUAUGAAAUGGAGAGAGCUGGAGAGGCAAUAAAAUCUCUGGUGGCAAUA